UAAAGUUCCGCGUAGGAGUUUGCGGCGGCACUUGUGAUGUUGCAGUAAUUAUUUUGUUCGAGAUUGUCCGAGAUGUGAAAUCGCUCGAAGUGCUUGAGAUUUGGUCUUUGGACUGAUGCUCUUUGCGUUUAAUUGCUGUCAUGCUGUUGCACGUGACAAGUUAGAAGCUCCAUUCGAUUGGACCGAACGUGAAAGCGCAUAAUAUUGUGUCACGCUUAAUGUUAGUAUGCAUUAGCAACAUUUGAGCCAGUCGUCGCGAUCAAUCACGAUCAACGUACGUUUGUUUUCUGUAACUGAAUUAGUGUACACGCACGUGUUACACUUGGAACAAAACAGUCUCAUGCCGCGAGGUUAAAAGUCACCUGGCGUCAAUAUGGUAUCUUCGUGGUGUUAUUUCAUACUUCCAAUGGUCUUGCUCAUCGGCUUGCUACGCAAAUGCCGAGAGCGCACUUGGGGAAAAUGCAAGAGCACCAGCAAUCUACAAGACCAGGUAUUCCUUGUGACCGGCGCCAACUCCGGCAUCGGCAAGGAGACAGCGAAGGAAUUGGCCAAGCGAAAAGCCACAAUCAUCAUGGCCUGCAGGGAUGUACAAAGUGCGAAGAAUGCCAUAGCAGAGAUACGCAGCAAAAUAUCUACUGGCGAAUUGAUUCCUAUGGAGUUGGAUCUUGCAUCUUUCUCAUCGAUUAAAAAAUUUGCCAAUGAGGUACUGAAGAAAUUUUCCCAAAUUCAUGUGUUGAUCAAUAAUGCCGGAGUAUACGCACCUCUGAAAGAUCACGCUUUGACGAAAGAUGGAUUUGAGAUCCAUUUUGGAGUAAAUCAUUUGGGUCACUUUUUGCUUACCAAUUUACUUUUGGAUCGUCUGAAAGAAAGCGCUCCUAGCAGAAUAGUGGUAGUGACAUCCAAGCUUUUGGAAUCUGGAGUAAUAGAUUUUUCAAACUUGAAUGGUGAGAAAGGAUUACCGGUAAAAAGCAGAAUGAAUCCUGGUUAUUGUAACUCAAAGCUUGCAAAUGCAUACUUUGCCGCUGAGCUAGCAAAACGAACAGAAAAUACUGGUGUUAAUGUUUACAUGGUGUGUCCUGGAUUUACUUAUACUGGUUUAUUCAGAAACGUGAAAAGAAGCUGGUUUCAUUAUAUCAUUUUCUCGCCUGUUGCUCUUAUGUUUCUACGCACUGCAAAUCAGGGUGCGCAAACGGUAUUGCAUUGUGCAACAGAACCGUCAUUGUCUGAGGAAAGUGGACAUCUGUAUCGCGAUUGUAAACUUUACGUCUCUAAAAAAGAUCUAGACCCAGAAGUAGCACUCCAUCUGUGGGAAGUAAGUGCGAAAUCGACUGGUUUGAAGGAGAUUGUGAAAUAAAUGAUUUUAGAGUACACGCGCAUAUUGUAUAUGUACAAUCGACAGUAAAACUGCUGUCCUGUUCUGGUGUAGUGAGGAAUUGUGCAUGUAUCGAGAUCCUUCUUUUUCUCAAACUGAUUGGUUAAUUGCUGAAAGAGAAGUCACAGUGAGACUUUUAAAGGAAAAAAGCUCGAUAUAAAUGCAAUCUUAUUCACUACAUGUGAAUUAGAGGACACUUUUACUCUUCAUAGUGCCAUUUCACUUUUGUUGUAUUUCAAGUGAUUAUUCAAUAUUUAUUUUUAUAUGUAUAGCGAAUAGGAAUUAGAUAAUGUCAAUGUGGCACAUUUUUAUUCCAUUUUUACGUAUUU